CUCACGAAGCCGAAUAUCCCACCAAGAGAAGUCAUGGAGCCGCCUGUUGAUAUGAAAGACCGCCUUCGUGCAUCAUACAACGCGAUUGCACCAGCAUACAACACCUGGACAGCGCGCCACCACAAACUUCGUCUCAAAUAUCUCGACAAACUUCUGAGUUCCUGCCCAGAACUAGAAUUAAAUGGUGAUACGGCGAAGAAGCAAGUCCUCGAGCUUGGAUGCGGUUCUGGAACUCCUUUCACGUCAACUCUGCUUGCUCGAGCACCGUCAGUCCACGUACACGUCAAUGACCUUUCAGAUGUUCAAUUAGAUCUUGCUCGACAAAACCUAGCUGUGUAUCAGGGUCGUGUCGAGUUCCAUCCCGGCGACAUGAUGAAAUUAGACUUUGAACCUGGUUCCCUCACAGCAGUCGUGGCUCUGUACAGCAUUAUUCACUUGCAACAAGAAGAACACAGAGAGAUAAUACAGCGAAUUGGUAGAUGGCUUGCUCCAGGCGGUGUCUUUCUGUCUACCUUUGGUACUGAUGAGGCGUCGGACAUCAUCGAUGAGAAUUGGUUGGUAGAAAAAGGCUGGAUGUUUUGGAGUGGGCUUGGGAAGGAAGGGGUCAUGAAGGCGUUGACUGAAGAAGCUGGGUUGGAAGUUCAACAUGCCGUUUUGGAAGAAGAUGCAGAUGAUAGGUUUAUAUGGAUUAUGACCAGAAAGGGUAGUGUAUAAUUACUAACUUCUCUUGGCUGAUUCAAGCUCUCAGC